CCCUCCCAGCAUCAUUACGCGCGCCUUGGCUUUCUUGCCUUUGCUCUUCUUCUUCCUCCUCUGCCUCAGUGACUUUCUGCCUUUACUCUUCCUCUCCCCACUCCUCUCCUUGCUCUGCCUGUCUUCCUCCUUUCCCUGGAGCUGCUGAGGAUGACCCCCAGAGCCCCCAGAAGCAGGGACCCUUUGGAGCUGCUCCUCUUGGGCGCAUGGCUGGCCCUGCUGCUGCUGCUGGGCUCCUGCUCAGGCAACUCUGGUGUAUCAACAGCUGUUAACAUUACCUGGUCAUCCAUCAAUUUUAAGACACUACUGCUUUGGGAACCUGAGCCAACCAAUUACGUUUAUACAGUAGAAAUAGAUGGGCAGCUAUCCGAUCGAAAGAAAGCCUGUAUUCAUACCAGAAAUACUGAAUGUGAUGUUACGAACCUGCUGAAGAAUGUAAAAGAUAGCUAUGUUGCUCGCAUAUACUCUGAAGUGCCAUACCAGAAUGAUGAUUAUAAUACUCCUCCUUAUGAAGUCUCUCCAUCAUUCACACCUUAUGCACAGACUGAGAUUGGAAUCCCAACCAUCAAACAAUUUGAACAGAUAGACAAAACUUUGAUAAUAGAGAUAUUGGAUCCACUAACACCUUACAGAUUUGAGAAUGGAAGCUUCCAAACUAUCAGGGACGUAUUCAAAGAUGAUCUAGAAUAUACAGUGUACUACUGGAAAGACCAAAGUUCAGGAAAGAAGUGGUCGACCAAAAGAAGCAACCAGUUUGAACUGAAUGUCGAUGAAGGGGAAAACUACUGUUUCUAUGUCCAAGCAACUGUUAGAUCAAACUCAAAGAGCCGUGACAGUCCAAAAAGCAUGGAUAGAUGUACUAGCAUUAAAAGGGAGGAAUUGGACAGACUUGACUUAGACACAAUUCUUAUCAUAGCAGCUGUUGCAGCUGGAGUCAUCGUUCUUGUUAUAAUUUUGUCUGUGGUUGCAUAUAAGUGCACAAGGCCGAAAGCAACAAAAAAAGAGAACAUACCUCCAAAUCUGUAGAGAGAAAAAGCUCAAGCCUUCAAAGUGCUGAUGGCACGAAAUACUCUCCUCUCACCUGUGGAAGCAAUUGUGACUGACUCCUUACAUCAGAUGACUUCUACUGUUUCUGUGAAACAUUCCUUAUAACACUACUUCAAAAACUUCAUUUGAGUCUGCCAGGGACAACUGCGUGCACUGUUUAAAAUAUAUUAAUUGACAGAGGUGGUUAAAGUGCUACUGUUUCUUCUGCACUUUGGGUAUAUUUUUAUAUCAUGGUACGGGUUUUAUAACAUAAGAAAAGCCUUUCAUUGAAGCUUGACAGACUUCAUAUAAGGUUUUAUGGUGUCCGAUCAAUAUUAAACACUAGAAUAUGCCAGGUCCAGGUACAUGCUAUUCAUUUUUAAACUGGAAAGUUCACUGUUUUGAAACAGAUUUCUAGAAAAAUUUUCAGAGCAAUAACUCAUUAUUGGCAGCCAUGUUGAAUUAAUAGGUAUCAUAACCUAUACAUUUUAAUUUAUGUAUUAGGAUUUAGCACUUUACCGGCUAAUAACUGCUGGACAGAGACAGACCUAAUUUAUUUAAAUGGCAUAUGUCUGUACAUGUAGGUGAUGUGAUUUUGAGGUUCUUCAUGGUACAACAAUCAAUGUUAAUAUAUUUAUGAUUUUUAAUAAAGGGGAUAUAUAUUUGUAUAUUUUGCAUUAACUUA